CUCGCUGGGUCCGGCUGGGCGCACGUGCUCCGCCUGGCUGCUAUCAGAGGAACCCGCUGCCAGCCGAAGCGAGGGGUUCCGUAGCAGCUGCGCCUUAUCCUACGGGUGGCUUUUCUUUUUUGCGCUUCCUUCUGUCGGAGCUGCCCUGCGACCAUGGCUGGGCGCCUCCUGUGGGGCUUUUGGAUCUCGGCAACCCUCGUGUACUGCGCGGGCAGCACCCGAGCGCUGGAGCUGGGUAACUCUUCGCCGCGCCGGGCCGAGAUCACCGCGCAUAGCCUGGCCGGCUUCUCCUGGACGACCGCGGCGCCCGUGGUGGAGGAAAGCUUCGGGGGUUCCAACGCUUCUCGCCCGGGAUCGCCAGGCGGGGCUGGCCGAGCGCUUUACCCGGCGUGCACCAGCCGGACGGAGAUCAAGAAUACUUUCAAAUACAUUAACACGGUGAUCGGUUGCCUGGUCUUCGUGCUGGGCAUCAUCGGCAAUUCCACCUUGCUCCGAAUCAUCUACAAGAACAAAUGCAUGAGGAACGGCCCCAACAUCCUCAUCGCCAGCCUGGCUCUGGGGGACCUGCUGCUCAUCCUCAUCGAUAUUCCCAUCAACCUGUACAAGCUUCACGCAGGAAAAUGGCCAUUUGGAGUUGAGUUGUGUAAAUUAUUCCCCUUCUUUCAAAAGACGUCUGUCGGCAUCAUAGUGUUAAGUUUAUGUGCUCUCAGUAUUGAUAGGUAUCGAGCUGUUGCUUCAUGGAGCCGUAUCAAAGGAAUUGGCGUACCAAAAUGGACAGCAAUUGAAAUUGUUUUGAUCUGGGUUGUGUCCUUUGUUUUAGCUAUUCCUGAAGCUAUAGGCUUUGAUGUUAUUACUAUGCCAUACAAUGGGGAGACGUUGUCUACUUGUUUACUUACUCCCCAACAAGAAUCAUCUUUUAUGAAGUUUUACCAGGUAGCUAAAGACUGGUGGAUUUUUGGUUUUUAUUUCUGUUUGCCACUGUUAAUCACUGCUCUUUUCUAUACUCUGAUGACCUGUGAGAUGUUAAGAAAGAAGAGUGGGAUGCAGAUAGCAUUAAAUGACCACCUGAAACAGUUUUCUGCUGGUGUUGAAUUACAUUGGAAUCAAUAUGGCAUCUUUGAAUUCCUGCAUCAACCCAAUUGCUCUCUAUUUGGUGAGCAAAAGAUUCAAAAACUGCUUUAAGUCAUGCCUUUGUUGCUGGUGUCAUUCCAAAGACAUGCUAUCCCUGGAGGAGAAACAGUCCUGCUUAAAGUUCAGAGCAAAUGACCACGGAUAUGACAAUUUCCGCUCCAGUAACAAGUACAGCUCAUCUUAAGGAAGAAAACUUGGACUCAGACUACUGUGAGAUAUUGCCAGGCUGUAAAGACGAGGACAGUUAAGCUGAAGACAACAGAUUCUGCAUCGUAGAGGAAAUUGAGCUAUCUGGGAAGGAAGUUUGAUAUUUUCACAGAAAUCUAAAUAUUUACUGAGCACACGAACAUCUUAACCAUGCCCAGUGUUCCUAAUCAUUUGAGUCAAUGUUACUGGGGGUUUGGGGAGGAACUACAGUUGUUUAAGCACUUAAAUACUUCAAAACAGUCAUUGCCAAAUCAUUCAUGAAUCCUGUACAUGAAAUAAUUGUUUUCACCAAGGAGCCCAAUUAAUAAUUCUUAAUAUAGAAUUAUAUGAUGAUUAUGUUUUGGGCAAUACCAACCCAUCUCUAUUAUUUUUUUAAAAAAGUUUUACUUGCCUGUAAAAUUCAUAGGUAAGUAUAUAAGUGUAAAAUUUCAUUCCACCUGAAAUGUGUAGGUUGUAGCACGGUGCAUCCAGGACAUGGAUCAUGCUGGUAUAAAAUAGAAUCAGUAAGAAUUUUUCCCAUAGCGGUGAAGGAACUUAAAGAGUCACAAUCAGUCCUAAAGCAAUUUAGAUUUUUUUUUUACAGUAAACUUUUCAUCUGGAGUGAUAAAUGAACUUUUUAAAGGCUGGAAAAAUGGCCCUCAGCCAUUAAUAUCUGGGUUGCCUCCAGCUCUACUUAAGGUUUUAGGGAUAAUCUUGCACUGCUUGAGAUCCCCAAUGGUGUACAUGGCCCUUCUGGAAGUCAUCAGAGGAUUGGCUUCUAGGCCCUACUUUAAACAAGCAGCACUCUUUGGCAUGAUGUGGCACAAGCUGUGGAGGACCAAGCAAUGCAAAAACAGGCAGCAUUAGUAUGGCAUGAGUGCAACACAUGAUACCAACUUUAGAAUUAAU